AUGCCUGGAGACACUCAAAAAGCCCCUGAGAAUAAGAUGUCCUUUAUGGCGAAAAUCUUUGAACAUCAUCAGGACCAUGGCCAGGACAAUACUUCCCAGGGCGGCAAUAAGGAUGAGGCGUUCGGCCACCAGAGCCACUUGAGAACCUUGGAAAAGGAUUUGAAAAAGGAUGAGGAGGGUAUAAGGAAGUACUAUCAAGAAGAUAAGACCCUAGAGGAAGAAGGAAAGACUUAUGGGGGGUUGAUGUGA